UUUCCCCAAUUCCUCCAAAUCGCUUCCACCAUUUCUCAGUUGAGACGAAUUUGUUGUCAAUUCUGAUAUCGCAAUGUCUCAGUUGGGGAACUCACCGUUGGUGCCCAUAAAGAAAAACUUAUUAUACCCGUUUUUGCUGUUUCAAAUUUUGGCGCUAUCUACUUCUCUCUGUGUAUAUAUAGAGUACUGUAGAUUAGAAGGCGAGUCAGGUGUCAGUCCACACCAAUAUCCCCCAAUCUCUAUACUUUCUCUUCACCCAUUUCGAAAUGUUUAGCAAGAACUGGGCUUUAAUGGCGGUUUUCUCACUCUUGGUUAUCUGCCUUGUGGCUACAAUGCCGGUGCAUGCAGAGGUUGAUCCAGGAAGUGCCUCUGGUUUCCCUUUUCUUCUCAGAUAUGGUUAUUAUGAUGAUAAAUGUGAGGAUCUUGAGGACAUUGUGUGGUCGAAGAUGAAGACAAUUGUCCAGCUGCAACACAAUGCCCCAGCACAACUAUUACGCCUAAUGUUCCAUGAUUGUUUCAUUGGGGGUUGUGAUGCAUCCGUUCUGCUAGCUGAUAGAAAUGAGAAUGGGACUGUUGAACGUGAGGCCAUCCCAAACAGGACGCUGAAAGGCUUCAACUUCAUUGACACGAUAAAGGAUGAAAUUGAGGAGGAAUGCCCUGGGGUUGUCUCUUGUUCUGAUAUCCUUGUCCUGGCAACAAGAGAUGGCAUAGUUUUGGCUGGUGGACCAUAUUAUCCUGUGCUUACAGGCAGACGGGACAGUAAGGAGUCAUUCUUUGAUAAGGCGAUGGCUGAAAUUCCACGACCAAAUGGGAAUAUCAGUGAAACUCUUAGGCUAUUUUCGCUCAGAGGAUUUGAUGAGAGGGAAACAGUGGCCCUCCUUGGAGCACAUAAUAUUGGGAGGAUUGGCUGUCAAUUUAUUCGGCCCAGGCUCAGUAAUUUCACGGGGACAGGUUUACCUGAUCCAACAAUUCCUCCCGACUUUCUUGAAGAGUUGAGGCGGAAGUGUCCAGACGACAACAACACCAUCAGCAAUAUGUUGAAUGAUGAACAUACAGAUACAGCUAGGGGUCUGAGUGUAUCAAUUGCGACUUCAUUAGAUAAUCACUACUACAAGACCUUGAUGAGAGGAAGAGGGCUGCUGUUUGCUGAUCAACAGUUGAUGGCUAAUGAAAAGACUGCUGCAGCAGUGACAGAUUACUCUAUUGAUGAUGGGAUCAUAUUUAGGACAGAGUUUGCUCAUGCCAUGGCUAAACUGUCCAAUUUUGGUGUUCUUACUGGAUCCGAAGGAGAAGUUCGGCACAGUUGCUCACAUCUAAAUUCGUAGAUUAGAUAAAUUCAUGACUUUUCCUAGUGCUUGAAUGAUGGCACACACAUGUACAGAGUGACUUGUUUGUUUGGAUGAAUGC